AUGAGUCAAGAGCAACGGCGGAGGCUACUGCAGGAGGAACCCAUCAAGUACGGCGAUUUAUUCAACGUUCAAGGGGAGCUGGCAAGCAUGCCGGUGACCCCGAAAGAUGCUUCUAUGAUGCAGUCGGCGGAGAAUGCCAUGCUGGGGAAGACCCUCAGGGGCGGCGCCGCUGCCGUCAUGCAGUCGGCCGCCAUGAAGAACGAGAGGGCGGGCCAUGUUGGACACAAGGAUAUGACCGCUUCUGCCGCCGAUCUCGGUGUUAGUGUAACCGAGACUGAUCUUGAAGGCAAGCGCGUCAUCGUGGAGUCUUUCGGCGGACAGGUUAUCCAAAGAGUAGAAGGAAACGCAAGGAAAAUCCAUCAACUGGUCGAGGAACAGGCGGUAGAGCACUACGAUAAAAAAGUAACGAUGCAGACGGUGGCGCCACCUUCUCGGACGCAAGAAGAUGCUAGAGUUGGGCUUGGAGGGUGCGGGGGAAUUACUAUUGGAGAAGCACUGGAAGCUACGGCCGUCACUGCCGGUAACAAGCCUGUGGAGUGGAGUGACGCCGCCGCAAUUCAGGCAGCCGAAGUGAGGGCCACAGGCCGUACCAACAUUGUCCCUGGCGGUGUCGCCGCCGCCGCUCAGUCCGCCGCCACUCUCAAUGCCCGCCUCACAAACAACACAGACAAGACCACACUCGCAGAUAUUCUCAACGAUGCGACUUCAAAGCUGCCGUCAGAUAAAGUGGCGACGAGGAAAGAUGCGGAAGGGGUAACCGUUGCAGAGAUGAGAAAUAACCCGAACCUCGCCAUUCAUCCCGCCGGCGUGUCCGUGUCCGUCACUGCUGCAGCCAGGCUUAACCAAAUUCAUAAUUAA